CUGCCAGGAGAGUACGGCCCAGAGUCACAAGACCGGCAGGUAGUGAAUUACAGUUAUCUACACUGGUAAACAAACGAGAUCUGAUAGUGCGUUCUAAAUAAAUCCGACUCAUUCUCCACCAACCUACUGUACACAAGCACGGGUCAGCUGCUCGACAUUGCGAAACUACCUCUACCUAUAAAAAAGACAGCGACACUAACAAGAACAGCAGUUAAGAAUCGACGCUCUUAAAAGUGACAAGAGUCGAGUUUAAUCAAUAUGAAGACCGUCAUAGCAGCAUUCAGCGUCUUGAUCAUUGUGGUUCCGGCUUUGUCCCAGCCUCCCCAGCCAUGCUGUACACCGCCGCAAUGGGAAGGAAAUGUCGCUCAAAGCCAGGGACUGAACGUUGCAGGUCAAGGGCACAGGGCCGCGCAAAUCAUGAAGCUGUCCAUGGACACUAAUCUUAAAAAAGUGGCUGCUAGUGGUCAGUGGUACUAUGACCAACAGCAGGGAACUUUCCAAGUGCUGCAGGAUUUUAAAGCGGGCGUACAAUACCAGAUCACCAAUGGUGGACCAUGUGUUAAGAGCAAGCUGACACAACCGUGGAUGGGCUGCAUGCCUAAGACUUCCAAAUUCAUGGGCAGUGCUGUAGUGGGACUUGGCGACGAUAGCAUUAAAGUCAACAACUGGGCCAUCUUCAUGAACUCCAGCUCUGUCAUGGGGACGUCUUACACACAAGUCACUGCCAAAGACUGUGUUCCCAUUGGCAGCUCGUUACAAGGAUCAGCUAAAGGAGUUGGCAUGAUGUCGGUGCAAGGAGUGACUAAUGUUUCAGCAGGAAUCAAGGACCCCAGUGUCUUUUCCUUGCCUGCAAGCUGCCAGAAAGCAAAGGAGGCAGAUGAGAAAGACAAGGACAAUGGCAUGGAUANGGGGGGGGGGGGGGGGGGGGAGGACGCAAGGGGUUUACCCUAG